AUGAACGGCGUUAUUGAGGCGCUGCACAUCUAUGAUGACAACAGGAAUCCCAUUCUAUCGCAUACCUAUACAGGACGGCCGCUCUCGGCUUCCCAUCUUCUGUCCCUCUACCUCGAACACCCAUUUCCACGGCCGAGCCUGAUCUAUCUCCCCAAUGCAAACCCUCCGACACUCGUCUUCAGCCUGACGCACUCCAACCUGCUUUUCUUGGCCACCUCAUCCACCGAAAUCGAACCCCUCCUUGUGCUCGAGUUCCUGCACCGAAUCGUCGAUGCCUUUGAAGACUUCGUUGGGGCGCCGUUGCUGGCUGUCAAGCUGGAAAACAACUACGAUGUCGUCGCCCAACUUCUGACGGAGAUGUGUGAUGCAGGGACCGUCAGUACGACGGAGCCCAACGCUCUAAGAGAAGUGGUGGAGAUGGAGGGCUGGGUUGACAAGCUGCUGGGUAGCAUCAACUUACCAGGGAAAAAUCCACUCAACACAACUUCAAACGCACCGUCCCUAAUAGCCUCCAACACGCCAGCCUUGCCCUGGCGACGGGCCAACGUACGGCAUACGUCAAACGAGCUCUACGCCGAUGUCGUUGAGACUCUCUCCGUCACGCUUGCUCCUUCAGGAAGGCCAUUGGCUGCCUUUGCUAAUGGAACAAUUGCGUUUACGUCAAAGGUGUCUGGCGUUCCGGAUGUUUUGGUGACAUUGGGCAGCCCGUCAGGGAAACAUAAUAUCGGUGGCAUCAUGGAACUACCUGUGUUCCAUCCAUGCGUUCGUUUGAACAAGUGGAAUGAACGACCUGGAGAAUUAAGUUUUAUACCGCCCGAUGGACGAUUCAUCCUGGCUGGCUACGAAGUUGACCUGUUACCAUUUACGAGUGGCAAGAGUGGGAGCGUCAACUCGAACAACCUCAAGCUUCCCGUUACCCUUGAGAUGAAAACUGGUCUUGGACCCGUGGGAUCCGAAUUCGAGGUCAGGCUGCAAACUAACAAGAUUUUUGGUACCCCCAACUCAUCAGCAGCAAGCCAACUGGCGCGUUCAGGAGUACCCGGAAUCCCUGGACGAUUGUCAUCACCACACCCUGGAACCCCAAGCUCGCCACUGCUGGACGACUUGACAGUCACUAUUCCUCUACCUGAAGACGUGAGGAACCUGUCUGAUAUCAGGCCGUCUAGGGGAGAUGCAAGCUUCAACAGAGCCGAGGGGCGACUCGAGUGGCACAUCCCCGCAAAGGAGAUAUCUGGCCCGACGUCCCAUUUCGGAUUGAGGUGUACGGUAGUGGGGUCUCUAGCUGACGACGACGAAGAGGAAGAGUUUGAUCCUACAGGAUUCGGGUUUGGCACUGACUAUUCAUACAACGAGCCAUACCAAAGCACACCGGCUACGAAGAAGGGCAAAGAAAAGCAGGGCGCGGAUGAUGAACAGGACCCUAAGAGGGUGGCGCAGAACAAGAUUCUGAUGCCUAGUUCAGCGUCUGUAAGCUUCUCCGUCAAGGGGUGGCUAGCAAGCGGGUUGAAGAUUGAGAGCAUUGUAAUAGAUACAAGGAAAAGCCGGGGGCUGGGCGAGGGUGUGAAGCCUUACAAGGGCGUCAAGUACUUGACAGUCAGCAAGGGAGGACAUACCUUAGCAGUAUCCUUGUGCGUCAUUGCUCCUUAUCCUUCACAUGAGCUAUUGCUUCCUUCCAACUUUGACAUUCUAGAUUCGCCUUGUCAUGUCGAUUCAAGCCGUGUAGAGCACGAGUAUCGAGCUGAGAGAAGGCGGAUUCUCCGUGGUUCCAACAUUGGCUGUCGCAAGGCUAUGAAGCGCUUUGCAGGCCCUGUUCUGCGUAGCCGGCGUGGCGCGAGGGUCAGCCGAGAUGCGUCAUGGCUGACAUGGGCUUCGCGAUGCUGCGCUCCGGCAUCUGGUGGACGAUCGGUGCGAUGGAGCUCGAGCCGGCCUGGGAGGCCACGGACGGCGAUUUUCUUCCCGGGCCAGGGAGUGCAAAAGGUUGGCAUGCUGUCGCCUUGGCUGGAGGCGUUUCCCACGACGGCAUCGCAGAUUAUCGAAGAGAUUGACCACUGCGCUGGUUUCAAAAUCUCCGACGUCAUACAGAAUGGCCCGUCCAAAGUUCUGACCCAGACAACCAUGGCCCAGCCUGCCAUCAUGGCCACGUCCAUCUUCAUCCUACGCAUCCUCGAGCGCGAGUUCAACUUUCGAGUUGCCGACCAUUUCGACUUUACGCUGGGUCAUUCUCUGGGCGAGUUCACUGCAUUGGUUGCUGGUGGAUACAUUGCCUUUGAAGACAGCUACUAUUUAGUGCAGCGGCGCGCAGCGGCGAUGUCGGAGGCGACGAAGAAGGCCAUCCAGGAAUAUGGAGGCGAGUACGGCAUGGUGGCUGUGAUUACAGAACCGGAAUAUCUACAAGGCUUGAUCAAGGCGAUUCGAGACUUUGUUGGGCACUCGAGCGACGGGAGCAAGUCGGAGAGCAAUCAAGAUGUGCCGCCGAUUGAGCAGGUGUUGAUCGCCAACAUCAACAGCAAGAACCAGAUUGUGUUGAGCGGUAACAUGGAGAGAAUCAAGAUGCUUAUAGCGCAUGUUCGCCAGUUCUUGGGCCACGACCCACGAGCGGUGCGGCUACACAGCGACAGCCCUUUCCACAGCCCCAUCAUGAAGCCCGCGGUAACUGUCAUGAAGACACUGCUGGAGAAGAAGAGCCGUGUCCCGGGCCGAGAGAACGAAGACAUUGUUACGUUCCCGGGAUUGAUGCCGUGUAUAAGUAAUGUCUCAGCCAGACCGUUCCAAAGCAAGGAACAACUAAAGGACCUACUCGCCAGAGGAUGCCUUGAGACGGUUCGAUGGUGGGCAGCAAUCAAGUACCUCGACCAGGAGGAGAAAGUCAGGCGAUGGGUUGGUAUCGGCCCUGGCAAAGUGGGCAGAAACCUGGUAGGAAAAGAGGUGGGCAUGAGAGGAAAGGAUCUAGUCAAGGGAGGAGGCGUAUGGGCGAUUACGGAUCCUUAUGAGGUGGAAGAGGUACUGCGAGGACUGGAAGAGACGGCGAAUAUCUUAGAUGACGAAGACGAAUAA